AUGUUCGCCCUCACUCUUUCUGCAGAGCUCAACGGAGUCACGAACCUCCGCCCUGACGAUAGCGAAGCCAACCCUUUCUGGUACACUUUCAAGGUCCAGUGCACCUCAUGCCGUGAAGUCCAUGACAAGACUGUCGGCGUCAACCGCUUUGAAGACAAUGAGAUGAGCGGCAGCCGAGGCGAGGCCAACUUCGUCUGGAAGUGCAAGAACUGUAAGCGCGAGUCGUCGGCCACCAUUAAAACCGCUCCCGCUUCAUACGAGCAGACCGAGCCACCCAAGCAGCAAAAAAUUCUCGAGUUCGACUGCCGAGGUCUGGAGUUUACUGAAUUCAUUCCUGAAGGGGAGUGGCUUGCAGAGGGCACGGAUUCGGGCACUAAGUUCACCGGCAUCGAACUCACCGAUGGAGAAUGGUUCGACUACGACGAAAAGGCCAACGACGAGGUCUCUAUCAAAGACUUGAAGUGGGAGAUCAAGCGUGCUUAA